ACCUCACUGGACAAACAACAGCCUCAUUCUCUGCACCACUGCUGACUUCAUUGUCUCUUUGAGAAAGGAAAAUCCACAGUUGCAUUCUGUUAAAUGGCAAACAUUGAACCAACUGCUGGCAGGACAGACCUCGACCACUAGCACAGGCCUACAGAUGCGCACGGACAACGAGUCUUUUCCCCGGGACUGUAUGCAAGGAAAAAAAUGGGUCUUGAUGGAGACACACUGUCGGUGAUUGAGAAUCCAGCAGCUGUCAGUCAUCCUCUUAGCACACAGAACACCGAAGGCGUGGGGGGCUGCAGCACUUCCUUACAAAGGAUUCAUUGUACAGCUCACGCUCACAGGCUGGUGAGAGUCGUGGCAGCUGUGUGUGCGGUUGGACUCCUGGGAGGUUUAGCUGUAGGUGUCUGGUUUCUCGUCAGAAUGCUACUGAGGCCUUCCUCGUCUCACAGCGCGGUGGGACUGGGGGACAUAAAGGAGACAACGUUCUGCAAUGUGACCGAGGACUUUUCUACCUUCAAUUCCAGAAAAGGUUCAGUGUUUUACAGAAUCAGCCCGGAAAACUCCCUGCUGGAGAUACAGCUGGAGAAGCUGCCCACCUGGCUGCCGGUGUGCUACGAAAGAUGGAACGCUUCCCUGGGAACGUUGGUCUGCAGACAGCUGGGUUAUCUAAGACUGACAAAGCACAAAGGUGUAAAUCUAACAGAUAUCAGCCCAAACUAUACUGACGGCUUCAUACAAAUUACCUCAGAAUACAAGACCAAUCUGGAGAAUUUGUGGCAUUUCAGGGGGAGCUGUAUCACAGGGAAGGUUAUUGCUUUGCAAUGUUUCGAGUGUGGGACACGUGCAAAGUUGCCGAGGAUAAUCGGAGGAAUAGAGGCCGCGCUGGGCAGGUGGCCGUGGCAGGUCAGCCUCUACUACAGCAACCGUCACACCUGUGGAGGAUCCAUCAUCACCCGUCAAUGGGUGCUCACAGCCGCGCACUGCGUGCACAACUACAGGAUACCUCAGGUGUCCAGCUGGGUGGUCUAUGCAGGUAUUGUGACACGCAGCUCAGCUAAAUCAUCUCAACAUGUGGGGUACGCUGUAGAAAAGGUCAUCUACAACAAGAACUACAACCACAGGAGCCACGACAGUGACAUCGCUCUGAUGAAACUGCGCACCCCUCUCAAUUUCUCAGAUACAAUUAGGCCCGUGUGCUUGCCUCAGUACGACUCUGAUCCGCCCGGAGGCACACAGUGCUGGAUCUCUGGGUGGGGAUACACACAACCCGAUGGUGUUCACUCCCCUGACACCUUAAAAGAGGCAUCUGUUCCUAUAAUAAGCACAAAGAAGUGUAACAGCUCCUGCAUGUACAAUGGGGAGAUCACACCGCGGAUGCUUUGUGCCGGAUACACCGAGGGAAAAGUGGACGCAUGUCAGGGUGACAGCGGGGGGCCUCUGGUAUGCCAGGAUGAGGGCGUGUGGAGGCUGGUGGGCGUCGGCUGGGGUACAGGGUGUGCCGAGCCAAAUCAUCCUGGGUUUACACCAAAGUGGCAGAAUUUUGGGAUGGAUCUACGAAAUGAUUGAG